AGGAUUACACCACCACCAUGCUGUUCCGGAGGAGGGACAAGCUGGAGAGGUCUCAGCAGAAAUGCAUUGCAGUCUUCGGUCUGCUUUGCUGCUUCGCAGUGCUGAUUGCGCUCAUCUUCUCCUCAGUGGAUGUGUGGGGGGAGGAUGAAGGCAUCACGGAGGAGAACUGCAGCUCAAAAUGUCGCAUAGUCCUAGUGGAGAACAUUCCAGAAGAGAUGGACCUCUCCCCUGUGGACGAGGGCACACUGCCUCUGACAGUGGGUCUCCACGGCCUCUUGGACAUGGCCAAGCGCUCGGUGGAGAUCGUCUCCCCCCGCUGGACCCUGACCUCCAGAGAGCAGCAGACCGACCACUUCUCAGCCAGUGAGGGCCAGCGUCUCUUUGAAAGGUUGCUCGGGCUGAAGUCACGGCGGGUGAAGCUCAAGGUUGCCACUAGCCUGACGGACUCUGCUGAGCUGACAACCCUCGCUGCUCACGGUGCUGAGGUCCGUUACGUGAACACGACAGCUCUGACCAAAGGGCACCUGCACUCAUCCUUCUGGGUGGUGGAUCGAAGGCACAUAUACAUCGGGAGUGCCAGCAUGGAUUGGAGGUCUCUAGCCAAGAUGAAAGAGCUGGGGGUGAUCCUUUACAACUGCAGCUGCCUGGCGCUGGACCUACACAGGGUCUUCUCUUUCUACUGGCAGCUGCACUACAAGGACUACAUCCCCUCCAUCUGGUCCAAGCGCGUGACGGCCCUCUACAGCCGCGACGACCCACUCCUGGUUCACCUGAACGACUCGGACACCAACGUGUAUAUGUCUACCUCCCCGGACCUGUUCUGUCCUAAGGGCCGCACCAGAGACGUGGAGGCCAUACAUCGGGUGAUUCAGGAGGCCGAGCGCUUCAUUUACGUCUCUGUCACAGACUACCUACCCUUGGUGAACAGAUCCUCUCGGGGGCUACACGUCACAAGGUACUGGUCAGCGAUCGACGAGGGCCUCCGAGAGGCGCUGGUCCUGAGGCGGAUGAGCGUGCGCCUGCUGGUCAGCCUCUGGGAGAGGACGCACCCAUACACGUUUAACUUCGUCUCGUCUCUGACCACGCUCUGCCUGCAGCUGAUGGACUGUAACCUGGAAGUGAAAUUUUUCAGUGCUGAUGAAGGAUACCACAGACAUGACGAGGGACUCAACCAUAACAAGUACAUGGUGACUGACAAUGCGUUAUAUAUAGGAAACCUGGACUGGGUGGGGAAUGAUUUUGCCUUCAACGCAGGGACAGGGCUUGUGAUCAAGCCCAUUAGAGGACAGCGUCAUCUGGACAGCGGGCCCUCUGUUCUGGACCAGAUGAAGGCGGCGUUUGAGAGGGACUGGUUCUCGCAGUACGCCAAGAGCCUACAGGAAGUCACGACUCAAACAGGACGUGCAUUAAAGACCCCUACACUCUCACGGGUCGAGAGAGAGAGACAGACAGCAGCGUGAGAGCUGGAAAGUGAUGUGCAUUCCUCUAAAGUCGUGGACUGAUUUUGAUACGUAGAAAAAAAUCAACAACAACAACAAACUGGAGCUAUUAUGAAUGCAACAAUAUAUGUAUUCUUUUACAGUAAUGGGUCCUAAGACAACUGCAUGAGAAGCUGGACAUCACUGGAAUUCAGGGCUCUCUAGUGACCUCUAGUGCCAGUAAGGUUGUAAGACCAGCAGAGACCUCCACAUAGAAAUCAAAUGUCAUGUGUUUGCUCUGUCUACAUAUCCAUUCACAAAAAAAUGCAUGUUUCUUUUUAAAGACAUUUCAGCAUAUUCAACUGUUUAUAUCAGUGUUUAUCUUUCAUGAUAGAAUGCCUUUAUAUGACAUAUAUGUAAUUUUUAUUAUUUUUUAAUUACAACAAACAUUGCUCGGUUUUAUACAUUUCUUAUCACCGUUUUAUACAAGGCCAAAUAUUUGGUCACUGGCACCUUUUUGUUGUUACAUUGGCCAUUUGGGCGACAUUUGUCUUCAUUUCAUACAUGAAAGCGCACAAGUUAACCAACACUAGAAACACUACUGCCAAAAUUUCAAUCAUCAUGGCUAUGGAAAUAUAAUUAUUCUGGGGUGUAGCCUAAUGGCUUACUUCAGUUGGUCACUGGUUCUUGUGGCCAAAGCUUGGUCUUGCCUGUUCUACUGUGUAUGACUGAAAUAAGGACUACUAUUAUUAGUCCGCAAUUACUACUACUACUACUACUACUAGUCUAGCACUACUAUUACCAUCACUACCACUGAAACUACAGUAUGCUAAACCGUGUACAUUGCAUGUUUGUUUGGAAGAUUUCAAGCUUGACAGCUUCGACCUUACUGAUUUGUCUCUUCCACUACUAUGACCGGUAAUGAAUGUGAGGUAUGGUCCUGA